UUUUUUUUUUUUUUACUCCACUGAAAGCGCAGAGAAGAUUUGAGGAGCCGGCAUAACUCGGAACAACAACAGAGAACUCCAAACGUUUACUCUCUUCAAAACGUUUAUAAACUAAUCAACACUGAAGUAAAGUUGUGUUGGAAGCCAAGUGAAGGCAGAAUGUAAGAAUUUUAAUGCUGUCACGGCGCUGGAGAAGUAAGCAGAAACCGGGAAAGAUGGCGAGGAGGCACAGUGGCGUGUUGCUCGCUGUGGCUGCGCUCGGACUUCUCAUUGUUGAGAGCGCAGUGAAUGGAGAGCUUCAACAGGAGGAGGAGAAGUCCUGUCAAGGCGCUUUCGACCUCUACUUUGUUCUGGACAAAUCGGGCAGUGUGAAGCAUCACUGGACAGAGAUAUAUUCUUUCGUUGAGCAACUUGCAGAAAAGUUUAUCAGCCCCAUGCUUAGGAUGUCUUUCAUAGUCUUCUCCACUCAAGGGAAGGUCAUCAUGAAGCUUACAGAGAACAGGGAAGCCAUUACUGGAGGCUUAAUGGCUCUGAGGAAAGUGGUUCCUGGUGGAGACACAUACAUGAACCUCGGCCUGGAGAUGGCUAAUGCACAAAUUCAUCGAGAAAAGCAAGGAACGGCCAGUGUAAUAAUUGCUCUGACAGAUGGAGAGUUGAACAAGUUGCAGUUUGAUACUGCACAGAGAGAGGCUCAGAGGGCCAGAUCAAUGGGAGCCAUAGUUUACUGUGUCGGAGUGAAAGACUUCAACCAGACCCAGCUUGCAACUAUAGCAGAUACCAUGGAACACGUGUUUCCUGUGUGGGGGGGCUUCCAGGCUCUCAGGGGCAUCAUCGACUCGAUCAUAAAGAAGUCCUGUAUUGAAAUCCUAGCUGCAGAUCCAUCCAGUGUGUGUGCAGGAGAGCAUUUCCAGGUUGUGGUGCGAGGAAAUGGAUUUCUCCAUGCCAGAAAUAUCAACCAAGUCCUCUGCAGUUUUAAACUUAAUGAGACACAUACAGUUGAUGAAAGGCCAGCUGAGAUAGAAGACACUUUCCUUCUUUGUCCUGCUCCUGUGGUAGAGGAAGUUGGAAAGGUUAUUUACUUACAGGUGAGCAUGAACGAAGGCCUCUCCUACAUCACCAGCUCUGUGCAUAUCACUACUACAGAAUGUUUUGACGGGACAAUUGUGCUGAUCUCACUGCUGGUGGUGUUUUUGCUGUUGGCGCUGCUGCUGAUGUGGUGGUUCUGGCCCCUCUGUUGCACUGUGGUCAUCAAAGAACCUCCGCCUCCUCCUCCCCCAGAACCAGAAUCAGAUGAGGACGAUGGGAUGCCUAAGAAGAAGUGGCCCACAGUGGAUGCGUCCUAUUACGGAGGAAGAGGCGUAGGAGGGAUAAAGCGCAUGGAGGUGCGGUGGGGUGAGAAGGGGUCCACAGAAGAAGGAGCUAAACUGGACAAACCUAAAAAUGCUGUUGUAAAGAUGCCAGAACAAGAAUUUGAACCAUAUGAGCCGAAACCAAGGAAGCCUUCCCGCCCUCCCCCGCAGCAGAGGAGGUGGUACACACCCAUUAAGGGGAAGUUGGAUGCUCUCUUAGCUCUGUUCAGAAGAGGAUAUGACCAAGUUUCACUGAUGAGACCCCUGCCUGGAGAUGAGGGUCGUUGCAUAAGUUUUCAGCGUGUGAAAGACCCAGACUCCAGUUUGAAUCAUCGCACAUCGUCCAGUCCCUCUCAUCACCCUGUCUCUUCACCUGCUCCGUCCACGGAGGAGCGGCCCUUGGUCUCCAACUCUGUGCCCCGUACAAAGCCUCCAUCCAGAGGUCCUCGCACCACUCCCCCAUCCCGCGUGCCCCCUCCUAUGGCCAGACCCCCCCCAGGCCCACCUCCAGCACGGGCUCCUCCAGGACCCCCAGGACCACCACCAUCCCGGCCCCCACCUCAACUUUGAUCAGACAUGGAGCUUCAAACUUUUGGGCGUGCUCCUUGCUUUGUUGCUGGACAGCAAAUAUCUAUCCUUUGGCAGUGUUUAGGUGACGUUAGUGUGGUCUUGGUCAGCAUCAUGAUUUCACUUUAGUCACUUGAUGCAAAUUUCCUGGUAAAUGUCAUGCGCUUUUUUGUAACUUGGCAUGCUCCAUUUUUGUAUACUUCCUAUUGAAAAUUUAAGGCACUCAUCUGUACUUUCCUGGACUCUUGUUGGCUAAGCCGCUGUGGGUAUGGUUCACUGUUUCAGGUAGAUUGACUCUUAAUUGCAUAUUUUCAACCAGUAAUCAACUUUUUGUAUCAAAUUAAUGUUUUAUACAACUGCAUCUUUCCUCUGAUUGCAACUGCAGGGCAGUUUUCUCCACAUUUUAUUUAUUUCCAAGUUUGAAAACAAGUCCUCUACCAUCAGUGGAUUUUCAUUUUCAUGACUUGUGAAUUCUGGCAUGUAAGGCAACACUGCAUCAAAUGUAUAACUUACUAACACAGUAAAGUGAAAGACUGCACCAUGAUUGUAUCUCUGUGGUAUUAAUGUUGUGUUUUUUGUUUUCAUUUUUAGACUGAAAUGGUCCUUUGUAUCGUUUCUGUACUAACAGCUUUUUUUUU